ACUGAAUGGGGAAAAACGCCGCAUUGUAUGCAGACGCUUGCAAUGGCUGCGGAAGAUUCAAACGAAGCGAGGACACACCAUGAAACGGCGCACUGCGAGAAAUCGGUGGCACCCGGAACCGACAUCUUCAGAGAUACACCGGUUCGCUUGCUAGGAUAUGCAAAUGAAGUAGGAGAAGCAUUCCGGUCCCUAGUUCACGUCAACGUCGUCCGCCUGUCCUAUGCCGUAGCAAGUGCUUACGUCGUGGUCGACACAGCAGACAAGGUCUUGAAGGCAGACAAGGUCAAGUGCCCCGAUGCUAAAGCCCACCGGAACAAGCUGUUCAACACUGCCGUGGACACACUGGUGUGGCAAGCGUUGGCCUCGGUCAUCAUACCUGGUUUCACAAUCAACAGGGUGUGCGCACUGUCUCUCUUCCUGCUCAAGCGUUACUCGAGCAUGCCCCUCAAUGCCUGCAAGUGGACUACGACUGGCGUGGGUCUGGGCUGCAUCCCUUUCAUUGUGUCACCCAUAGACCACGGUGUUCAUGUGCUCAUGGACAAGACGCUCCGUCAGUGGUUGCACGCAAAGGAGUCUUCCGACUGACCUUUUUCUUUUCUAGUGUCAAGCAAUACCUUUUUACUAGUUCAAAGAUCUCUGCAAGGUGCUCAUAAAACAUAACAUGUAUGGACACAUUCGAAACCCGCAGUAAUGAAAUCACGCUCUGACGACAUGUCUCAAAGUCCCGAGCGAGCAUGUAUUCAAUGCGUGUCAUAUUUUCGAACGAUGGAACUUCCCUAAGCUGCAACAUCACCCAAAAAAAACUGAGGGGAUAUUCUCCCACACAUUUUCUGCUCGCACAAGGUCAAUAUAUUUCAAAAUGUGCUCGUAUAUCUUUGCUUCUCGUUUAAAACUGUAAACAAGCACCGCUGCAAUGCGCUUGCCUAGGUGCUGCCAUAUUUGCUUACCAAAUUGGAACACUGCUGAAAGCGGUCUGGUGUGCAAGACAUUGCCUUCCCACUAUGUUGCUUGUUUAGUGAGUUCUUCCUCCUUUUUUUUUUUUAAGUGUUCAUAGCCACAUUAGAAAGUAGCAACUCAGCCGUCCAAUUAAUCGGCACAGCAGCUCGCUGUUUGCUGUUCUCAGGCUGCCGGGUACAAAUGGUUUUGCUCGCGCUUGUAAAGUUAAGGUUUGCUCGCGCACAUAAAGCAUCAGUUAUUUGAAAACGGUGCCAACAAAUACAUGUGACCAGUGCACCUAGUUGUGUUAAGCCACGUUUCUAUGCCAUCACCAGUGCCAGGUUUUUCGUGAACUAUGCCGCUGCCAUUCGAGACUUGUGACUCAUAGACACUUUGCUUAAAACCUUUCAUUGGUUGAGGCAUCACCUUCUGUUUGAACGCAGACAAGUUCCUUUGCCAAAGACUUCACUCUCAUUCUAUGUCACAAUAACUCGUUACAGCAUGUUGGUCUUCAUUGUAUAGUUGACCAUGUGUAGCAGCGAACGUAUGGUAAGAAGCUAUUGAAACAAAGUUUAAGCUAGUAUACCUGCAAUCACCAGUCUUUCCACAUGGUGCCAUAAUGUGCCAAUCAUGUCAGACAAAGGAUAGCGUACUUAAAAUAAUGAUGUGCAGCUCACGUUUUUCUUGAUUUUGUCAUCCAGUUAGAAGCCAACUAAAAACAAACUUUUUGGCAAUGUAAAGAAACUUGUCUGUUGCUUACGUAGACAUGGGCACGAUUUUGUAUCAGCGGAAGCCACAAUUGACCGCUUUUUGGUAGCGCACCCUUGGGCAGCGGCCAUCUCAUAUGGCGACCCGGACUAGGGACUGCCACCGAGGUGCACGGGAACUCUCUAGUGCAUUUCAGAAUAAAAUGUUUACUACCGCCACCCCCACCACCUUUUUUUUGUCAAGUUCAUAGCAAAACAAGCUUUGAAAUGAGUGAAAAAGCAUAAAUGAAGCAAUGACGGGCUUAACAACAUUGAGCAAUGGUGGGUCAAGUUCAACUGAGUAACUUGGCAGCCCACCUCAGACUUAGCACCUUCCUCAGAUGAUUAGAAAGACGCCUCUCCUUCCCCCCCCUCGCCCCCUAAACCUUGUGCGCACACCUUUAUUCACAUAUAAAAAGCAGCCUUAGAGCAAGACAUUUGUGCCAGGAACAAGAAUGAUUAUGUCAUCAAGUUUGACCUUCACGAUGUCGAAACUGGAGCUAGUGAUGCAAAACUCGGAAUGUUACAUUUGAAAACCAUCGCAUGGUCUACUGCGAUUCGACAUGCCAUAAACUACAUGUACAUAGUCACAAAACGUGUUUUACAUGCAUUUCACAUAGUUUCACAUAUGCAAAUUUUUUCAGCGUGGGCAUUCAAAAAUGUCUACAUGUUUGAAUGUCUUUUUGGGUUUUUUCAUGUCGAAUUUGGUUACUUUCAUGCACGCCAUGAAGUGCCUGUGAAGACUUGAUGUAAAGGUGUUCAACAUUAAAAUGUAACGAUUUCCCAAGCCCCACA